AUGCUUGGGAAUUAUUCUAAACAAUUUUUAUUUAAACAUGGAAAACAUUUCUAUCGUUCAACUAAUUUUUUCUGUAGUACUGUAAAAGUUACUGAAGAAAUAUCCAGUAAUUCACCUAAUUCAAUCACAGUUUCUCAAAAUAUUGACGAUGAUUUAGUUCAGACUAGAAGAUUAAAGUCUAUUGGAAGAGCUUUAAAUACAUAUAUUACAAGAGCCAAAGAAAAUGCUAGAUUAAUGGCAAAAGAAAAGGAUGAAUUUGAAUUAGGAAGACGACAUUUAGCUAAUAUGAUGGGUCUUGAUCCUGAUACAAUGACUCAAACUGACAUUGACAGAUCUAUUGAGUAUCUUUUUCCAUCUUCUCUACAUGAUAAAAAAGCUAGACCAGUAAUGAAAAGUCCUGAAUUAUUAUUACCAAAGUUUCACAAACUUGAUUUUGAUGAUGAAGGUCGACCUGCAGAUUCCCAUUUCUUUACUUUAAAACCUAAAUUCUAUAGAUUAUUGUCUGAUAUUGGUGAAAGAACGAAAAAACUUGUAAAAUACUUAGGAAAAGAAGAAAAAAAUGAAGAAGUUAGUUCAGUCCUUCUUAGUGGAAGUUUGUGGCUUUCACAAAAAAAACUAUCUACCCAACUUGGUGAAAAAUUAUCAGAUGAACUGUAUGCCAAUUGGAUAAUGGCUUUUGAUUAUUUAGCUUCUUUACCAAAUUCAUCUUUAGAAAAAGAAUUUAUAAUGUCUUAUCGUGAAAGCAUUACUUCAGUUGAUAAACCAAAUGCAAUUUUUGGAGGUCAUAUUCCUCGUGUUUCCAUUGAUCCAGUUACAAAAACAAGAUAUGCUACUGCUAAAACAACGUGUAAAGCAACAAAAGCUAUGGCUGUUGUUCGAGAUGCUGGUACUGGAAAAUAUUAUAUAAACGGUCAUCACUUUAGUUGUUUUAGAUCUUUACUAGCACGAGAAUGUCUUAUUAGUCCGUUGAUAGUAGCUGAUGUCAUGGGUAAAGUUGAUAUUGAAGCAACAACAACGGGUGAUGGUGGUUUAUCCGCACUACCAAGAAGUGUUAGGCAUGCUGUUUCUUUAGGAAUAGCUGCUUUAUAUCCUGAAAAAGUUGAGAAAAUGAAAAUAAGUGGAUUGUUAACAAAAGAACUAAGGAAAAAAGAAAGAAGUAAAGUUAAUCAACCUGGAGCACGUGCUAAAUGGAUUUGGAAAAGGCGUUAA